CGGGGCGGGGCUAAGGCUGUCAAGGACCAGGCCGCCAUCGGCCUCCGCCUUCACCUUUCACCCCCCCCCAUGAGGAAGGGGGCGGCGGGGGCAGGACGGCGAGCGAGCGAUUGAGGGAGAGAAGAAGGCCGGGCCGGGCCGGGGGGCAGCGGCUUGGACGGAGGCCGGGACCCGAGUGUGUCCAUCAUGGCCUCGGCUUCUACACCUAAAUAUAUUUCCAACUCCCUGGAGAACGACUCAAUUAAAAGGACCUCAAGAGAUGGGAUUAAUCGGGAACUCAGUGAAGAAAUUCCCCGACUACCAGGGGAAACUAGAAUUACAGAUAAAGAAGUUAUUUACAUGUGUCCUUUCAAUGGUCCCAUUAAGGGAAAGCUGUACAUUACGAAUUACCGGCUAUAUUUAAGAAGUUUGGAAAUGGAUCCUCCUGUAAUAUUGGAUGUUCCUUUGGGAGUAAUUGCAAGAAUUGAAAAAAUGGGAGGAGCAUCAAGUAGAGGAGAGAAUUCCUAUGGACUAGAUAUUACUUGUAAAGAUAUGAGGAAUCUGAGGUUUGCCUUGAAACAGGAAGGUCACAGCAGAAGAGAUAUAUUUGAAAUCUUCACAAAAUAUGCCUUUCCACAGUCACAUAAUUUGGUAUUUUUUGCAGUUGUAAAUGAAGAAAAGUUUUCCAAAAACGGUUGGCUGGUCUAUAACCCAAUGGAAGAAUAUAGGAGGCAGGGGUUGCCCAACGGCCAGUGGAGGAUAACAUUUAUUAAUAAACGCUAUGAAUUGUGCGAUACCUAUCCAUCCCUCUUGGUGGUUCCGUAUAAUUCCACAGAUGACGAUCUCAGGAAGGUAGCUUCUUUUAGAUCCAGGAGUAGAAUUCCGGUGCUGUCUUGGAUUCAUCCAGAAAACAAGACUGUUAUCAUGCGCAGUAGUCAGCCUCUCGUUGGUAUGAGUGGGAAACGAAAUAAAGAUGACGAAAAGUAUCUCGAUGUUAUCAGGGAAGCUAACGGGCAGAUUUCUAAACUGACCAUCUAUGAUGCAAGGCCUAAUGUGAACGCAGUGGCCAACAAGGCAACAGGGGGAGGAUAUGAAAGUGAUGAUGCUUAUCACAAUGCGGAACUUUUCUUCCUGGAUAUUCAUAAUAUUCAUGUAAUGAGAGAAUCUUUAAAAAAAUUGAAGGACAUUGUGUAUCCUAAUGUGGAAGAAUCUCACUGGUUAUCCAGUCUGGAAUCAACUCACUGGUUAGAACAUAUCAAGCUUGUCUUGACAGGAGCUAUUCAAGUAGCAGAUAAAGUAUCCUCAGGGAAAAGCUCAGUAUUGGUCCACUGUAGCGAUGGAUGGGACAGAACAGCUCAACUGACAUCCUUAGCCAUGUUGAUGUUAGAUAGCUACUACCGAACAAUUGAAGGAUUUGAAGUAUUGGUACAAAAAGAAUGGAUAAGCUUUGGACACAAAUUUUCAUCUAGGAUAGGGCACGGUGAUAAAAAUCAUGCUGAUGCCGACCGAUCUCCCAUUUUUCUUCAGUUUAUUGAUUGUGUUUGGCAAAUGUCUAAACAGUUUCCUACAGCUUUUGAAUUUAAUGAACAAUUCCUGAUUACAAUCCUGGAUCAUUUGUACAGUUGCCGGUUUGGCACUUUCUUAUACAAUUGUGAAUCUGCUCGAGAAAAAGAAAAACUUACAGAGAGAAGCUCCUCAUUAUGGUCACUGACAAACAGUGAAAAGGGAAAGUACUCAAAUCCCUUUUAUACUAAGGAACUGAAUCGAGUUCUCUAUCCAGUUGCGAGUAUGCGUCACCUGGAACUUUGGGUGAAUUAUUACAUUAGAUGGAAUCCAAGAAUUAGGCAACAACAACCAAAUGCAGUGGAGCAACGUUACAUGGAGCUCUUAGCCUUACGGGACGAAUAUAUAAGGAGACUUGAAGAAUUACAGAUCACCAACUCUUCCAAGAUUUCUAAUUCAUCAUCACCUUCAUCAUCUUCACAAAUGAUGCCCCAUUUACACACUCACUUCUGAAAGAAAAAUAUUGGAGUUGUUCUUUAGAACUCUGCAACCCCAUAUGUGCAUUUUACAUCAAACUUUUUAAAAAAAUGGAAUAUUUGAAUUCCAUGUUGCACAUGUGUUAAAAAGUUUUUGGAUUAUCUUUUGCCUUCACAUGGAAAUGAUCUGAAGAUAUCUGUACUUUUGAAUAUGUGCCUUUCAUGUUUGAGUGAGAUGCAUUAUCCAAUUGAUGUGGAGAAGAAAAUAGUUUUAGCAGGUAUUUUAGAAAAACCUGUCUAAAAAUGCUUAUUUAAUAUUUUUCUAAUUCUGAAAUUUUUUAAAAACUUUAGAAAUGAUAUGGAUGUUAUUCAUGUAUUCAUGUUAAUAAAACUAACAACAUUUUGAAUUAAUGUUAAAAUGUUCAAGAGCAGAUUUUUUUCUUGAUUUGAUGCAACUCAAGUUUAUUUUUAAAGCUGUCUAAAAUUAAUGCAAAGAUGAAAGUUGAUUGGUUAGUGCCAAUUUAAUGUUUUAAAUGGUAUCUAUGCAUAGAUAUAUAUCCUGAAAAAUGCUUAAAUAAUGGCCAAUUUCUAUACCAUUACAAAUGAUUAAUUCACUAAAGUUGGUCUUUUUGAAAUUAAGUUUUUUCCUCAAAUAUAUUUGAGGUGUAUAUUUUUAUAUUAAAAAAUUGAAAGCACUCAGAUAAAUGCAUGGCAUUUUUCAUUUAUCCAAUUCUUUUAAGUGAUUUUUUCCAAAUGUAUGCCUUCAUAAAAUUGCCUAACAUAGGAAUGAAUUUUAAUUUUUUAAAGAAAGAUGUUUUAUUUUAUUCCUUUAUGCAUUUCUUUGAAAAACUGUGCCUGGUCAGAGCAGCUUACAACCAAAGUAGAAUUAAAACAUCUCUUUUAAGGAUUAUUUUUAGGGUAUAAAUUUCUUAAAUGCAUUGACAUUGUAUAACAUUCAGGUAGUGCUUUUAAAAGAUUUAUUCUUUUUUAAAGAAUUGCUUCUAAGAAUGUGUUGAAUAUGAGGUAUUUUCCAAUUAUAAUUGUAAAGGAGUUUCUUUAAGCAAGCUCUUUUUUAAGUUGAUUUCCAACUGGUUGCUUUCAACUAUUUUCUAGUAGUAUUACAUACCUACCUGUGCAGACCUUUCUAUUUGAUAUUUGAAUUCAUAUGAUAUAUUAAAUAUAUUAGGUGAAAGAUAUUCAAGGCAUUCAGUAUUUUAAAGUUAAAGAGUAUUUAUAGUUGAUGUGGUUAUGUUUUAAAGGAAUUGUUUCGCCUGCAAGCCUACCUUUGUACAUUACUGUAUAGGAAGUAGAUUAACUGUUCUACCAAGAAGACAUUAAGAAGCCCGUUGGGUAAAAUGUAUAAAUUAAGUAUAAGACUGAAUGAAAGUAGUUUAUUAGACAUUAUCCUGCUUUUGUAAACAGUGUAAAUAUUUUUGUUUAGAAGUUCUCUUUAAUCGUCUAUUAUUCCAUUAAAACAAGCUGAGUAGCAGUUGAAGUAUCUUUAAGAUGAAUUAGAAAAGUUCUUCUUUGCAUUAACAGUUGAACACCCGAUAGAGUAAAUACAUUAUACUAAAAUUUGCACUAUAUUUUUUCAGGGAAAUAGCUUUUUGUGAGGAUUUCAAAUUCCCAAAAUUUCUAUGUAUAUUUUUUCUCUGCCUCAUUUUCCUGGGUGUGUUGUGUAUAUUUUUCAGCAUAUCUUGGUGAGUAAUAUUAUAGGAGCCUCUAAAAUUCCUUCAGUAUUAUUUUAAUGAAUACUUAAGUGCAUUAACUAAGUGAACAAAGAAGCUCAAGCAUAUAAUCUUUCUGCCUGCAAAAGGUAUGUAACUUUAUAACGUAACUAUGCAGAUCUUAUAAGGCACAGUUGCCUUGUCUAUAAAUCUGUAAUAUAGCUUUUUAAAAGUACUGUGUUGCUAAUAUGAAGAAAUAUGCAGAAUUUUGGGGUGAAGAAAUAGUGAAGGAAAAGUCAUACAACUAAAUAUCAUUUCAGUUUCUGGUCUGUACCACAAAAGUGCAAACUAUUGACUUGGAUGAAAAGUGUCAGAAAUAAAUGCCCUUGUAGUUCCAUUACAUAAACAUGUAUUUAGCAAAUUCUUUAAGGCAUUGUUUCACUAAUGGUCAUUACAUCUUAUGGUAAUGGAGCCAUAGCUGAGUCUAUGAAAUAAUGUAACAAACUCACUUGUAUUCUCCAUCAAAAAGUAAAGGUUUAACUGAAUAUUUUUAGUUAUGUUUAAAAACAAGUUUUUAGUGAUAUUAAAUAAAAAGAAGAUUUGAAGAAA